AUGUGAGUAAAAGUUAACACAGUGUACAAUAAAUUCUUCUGCGUGCAAUCAAAAAUAACGAAUGGAAAGGGACGGAGGCAGUACAAAGGUAUCAUUUUCGCCGGUUUUCAUACACUAGUAGAAGUUUCUAUAUACACUCUUCUCCAGUGCUUUGCGCGCCACUUAAGUCUCAUCACCGCCGGCGACAGUUGCUUCUCCGCUUCCACAGUGUCACCGGCGAAUUACCACCACCGCUUUCAGUUUGCUUCGGUGGUAUGGUCUUAGUGGAAAAAACUACUACCGCCACCAACGCCACCGCAAAUCGUGCGACGCCUCCAUAUUCUCCUGUCAUUUGUGGAUAACUAAAAUGGUAUCUUCGGACGAAGAGGGUGAGAUUUUUCCAGAUAGCGUAUCUGAUUAUGAAUUCAUAAAUCAGGCGAGUGAACACGUUUCAUUUGCAUUUUUGCCCCUUCAAUGGCCCAAGGAAGAGCCUGUUGAUAAUGUGAACCUCGAGAUGUUCCUGGUUGGUUUUUCUGACGAUGGGCUUCGAAAGGUUUUUAAAAAAGUUGUGGCAUGGAGGUAUGAGCUUUCCUAUGUACAACCUGAAAUAUCGGUGUUGUGCAAAGGUAACAUUUGGUUAAAGCUUCUGAAGCCAAAAAAGUCAUUUGAGACUACAGUUAGAUCAAUACUAGUCACAGUCCAGUGCCUCCAUUUUGUUAAGCAUAAUGUAGAGGCAACGGAAAGCUCUAUAUGGGGCCACUUGUCAAGAGUGUUCAGCACAUAUGAGGUUGCCCCUUCAGAAGUUGACUGUGUAAAUCAUAUUUCACUGCUUAGAAAUGCUGCUGCACUUGACAAAACCUUCUUGAAGUCUGAGUACAUGCUUGGGAUUCUUUUGGAAAAGCCUACAAAGGGGAAAGUGCUUCAAAUGGAAGGCUUGCCGGUGAAGAGGGCUGAUUUUAUUGUUGAUGAUGUGGAGGAUCCUUGUGAGCCUGAUGAUUCAUUUGACAGUGAGGACUUCUUUGACACUUGUUGCUCACUUUGUGACAAUGGUGGGGAUAUUCUUAGUUGUGAAGGGAGGUGUAUGAGGUCUUUCCAUGCAACCGAGGCUUCUGGAGAGGGAUUAUGUGAAAGUCUUGGCCUAUCAACAGCACAAGUUAAUAAAAUACCUGUUUUCAAAUGCAAGAACUGUCGAUAUCAGCAACAUCAGUGUUCUAUUUGUGGAAAAUUAGGCUCAUCUGAUUUAUCUUCUAAGCCAGAGGUAUUCCCUUGUAUUGCUGGUAAUUGUGGCCGCUUUUAUCAUCCUAGAUGUGUUUCCAAAGAACUCUACAAGAGAAAUGAUACCCAGGAGGAGGACCUUGAGAAAAAAAUAGCUGCAGGAGAGUCUUUUGCUUGUCCUGUUCACAAAUGUUUUGUUUGCAAGCGCGUAGAAGAUAGAGAAGUUGAUGACCUACAAUUUGCAGUCUGUAGACGUUGUCCCAAAUCAUAUCAUAGGAAAUGCUUACCAAGAGAAAUUACUUUUGAAGAUGAUGAUGAUAAUGGAAUCUUGCCAAGAGCUUGGGAUGGUCUUUUGCUAAAACGUAUCUUGAUAUAUUGCCUGGACCAUGAGAUUGACCCAACACUAGGCACCCCAUUGAGGAACCAUAUAUUAUUUCCUGGUAUGUUCAAAGAGAGAAACCAUGUUCCAGAGCAUGGUUUGACUAAGGCAAAUGUCCUGCCGAUGAAGAGGAAAUUGCUUCCUUACCCUUAUGCGACUAAAACUGUUGAACGGAAGAUUGUAAAACAAGCUGAUAAGGUCAAUUACUAUAAUUUUAAAGGGAGUGAUUCAAUUAUGCAAGUUGGGAAAUGUAGUAUCAAACCCAGUAUUGAUACUCAGAAGAAUUCAAGCUUGAGUAGUCUGACGUCUGCUUCAAGGGGUCAUAUGAAGUUUUUGCCAACAUUAACUGCAAAUAAAACAGUGCUUGAGAAGAGUAAAUUCAAUUCUGAGAAAAUUAUGAAGUCAAAUGUAGUGCAGCUUGGCAAUGUUGACAAAUCUUGGAAGAAACACAAUACCGUUCCUUCAGCUAAGCCCCUGCUGGAUAAACAAAGCUGCUCAAGUCCUGUUGACAUUCAAUUGGAGAAGAGAAUUGUUGCUCUGAUGGAAAAUGUCAAUGCUUCUUUUGACGAGGACGAGUUCAAGAAGCAACAGAUUAUUCCCUCCAAUUAUAAUUCUCAAAAUCCAUUAGACAAGACUCUAACGAAGAUGAAAGUGGAGGUUACGGUUAAGGCCAUUCGAACAGCCUUGCAGAAGCUCGAAAAGGGUGGCACUGUUGAAGAUGCAAAGACCCACUGUAGUGCAGAGCUGCUUCGCCAAGUCCCAUUAUGGAAGAAAAGGCUUGAUGUGUAUCUUGCACCCUUCAUACAUGGCAUGUCCUACACAUCCUAUGGACGGCACUUCACAAAGUUGGAUAAGCUUGAGGAGAUUGUUCAGCGGCUACAUUGGUAUGUCCAAGAUGGUGAUACGAUAGUGGACUUCUGCUGCGGUGCUAAUGAUUUCAGCUGUUUGAUGAAAAAGAAGCUGGACGAUGUGGGAAAGAAGUGCUAUUUCAAAAAUUAUGAUCUCUUUCCAUCAAAGGUGCAGGGAGCAAGAGCAUUGCAUCAUCGUCCGUCCAUCUCCGCUGCCAAUGCUAGCCAUUCCGCCGUCGACGCGGCCCCAUACCCAGCAGCUGCUGCUGCACCUCCUUUCUCUCUUUUUUGCAUCUUUUUCUCUCUCUUCUUCAUCUUCAACUCUUAGAUCUUGUAUUUUUAUGGGUUUUUAUUUGCAAUUGGUGUUGUUUUUAUGGUAGGAGGUGUGAUUUUCAAGUGCUUGAAGUAGUUUUGGAGUUGGGUGGGGUUGUUUUCGGUGGUGGGUUGGUGGUUUAGUGAUAUUUUCGGUGAUGGGAAUGGUGGUUCCAUGGUGGUAGGUGGGUGUUUGAUGGAGGUUGGGUGGUUUUGAGGGAGUUGGAGUAGGUUUCCGGUGGUGGUUGGGUGUCCCGGAGGUGUCUGAGUGGUUUCAAGAGUGGUUGCGUGGUUUUGAGAGAGUUGGAGUAGGUUUCCAGUGGUGGUGGAGGUGGCUGGUUGAUGUUGGAAACUUUAACAGCAUCGUCGGCGGUUGUAGUGGUGUUAGCCGGCUGGUGGUGCGGUGUAUUGAGAUAUGAAGGGUGGUCAAAGUGGUAGUUAAGGUUAGUUAGGUGAAAUGGACUUUGGGGGUAAGGAUGAUUCCUUGGGGGUUAUAUUGGGAAUGAAGGUCGAGGGAAGUUGGGGAAUCAUAGGGGUAAAGGGAAUGAUUGAUUUGGUUUAAUAAACAAUCACAAAGGGAAUUAAGGUAGUUGAUUGCCUUUUCAUGUGAUACAUCCCCCAAACCACACGUCCCCUAAGUGUUAGUAAUAGAAUAAAUAAAGAUGAAAAAGAUUUGAUCGAGAAGAAGUGAAAUUAUGGAACUUGGAUUAUAGAUUGUAAUAUUAAAUUAUCAAUGCAAUUAAAAUUCCAACUAAGCAAUGCCGAUUUCUUCAAAACUAACAUUUUGAAAGCUAAAAUGAACUCCAAUAAUUUUCUGAUAUAUCUCUCUCUCCCUACUCUCUAUUAUGGCUUUUAUGAUUUCUUUUCCCUCUCCUCUAAUCUGCCGUCCUCCUCAAGCUAAACCUAACGGACUAAUAGCGCAAUACCAAUAUGUUCAUUUUUUGUAGCACAUACAUGAUACAUGUGAGGGAAAAAUAAAUUCUGAAGUAUAAAUGUGUAAUAUUGUGUUCUGUCAGUUGGUAGAACAAAGGAUGACCGUAUUUUCUUUACCGUUAUACUUUAAUAGUGAUCUGUAAUAUUACGGAGCAUUAAUCAGUGAAAGAACACUGUGAAAGUGCUACCCGUUGAAGAAAAAUUGAGGAUACCGUGGCGACCACGGUAAUGGUCGUAUUGUCGCGGAAUGCUGGAAACGUUUUGUAACAGCUGGUCCAGCUGGAUGGAACGGAUCAUUGCUAACACGGUUUCAAACAUUAAUGAGUGCACCGAGUUGCAAUAUUCAUCAGACAAAGUUCAUCUAAACUCGGUGUACAAUUGUAAGACGUGCAACGAUGUCAAUGUGUCAUACAUAAAACACAUGCUAAAAAGUAUCGACAUAUAACAAACUCUUUGUUAUGUAUGAUAAGGUACAUUUUCAAUCACAUUAUUGGAAAUUGGCAGUUGACCUGGCUGAGUUUUAUGGAUUCAUUGUUGAAGACUUUAACUGAGACUUGACUCUUACAGUUUAUUUAACCAUGGGCCUCCUGUGUAAGCUGGCGGAACUUGGGAAGAAAGAGAAAACAUUUUGGCUGGGUCUCGUAUGUAUUGUGUUAGAUGAUAGUUGAUAAUGACACCAGCCGUGUCUUGUUUUAUGUGUUAAAAUAGUUUUUAUCUGGUUCCGGAAAAUGCACCUCAGAUUUCCUUGCACAGUUCUUGACCUUGUGGCCGCUAGGGGUUCUUUUCAUAACACAAACUUACAUUCAUUCGCAUGUGGGCACACACAUGAAGGUCUUAAAUUUGUAAGAUUUGUGAAGCUGUCUUUUCAGAACACAAACUUACAUUUGCAUGUGGGCACACACACAUUAAGGUCUUAAAUUUGUAAGAUUUGUGAAGCUAUCUCAGUUAUUUUCUGUCACAUCUUUCAUUUGCUAUGCAGUAUGCAUGAUUGAAAGGUGAAACUGAAAAUUCACCAAGGCUUCAUCCCUCUCUGCUGCCUGCUUAUAUUUGUUGUGGAGUAUUGGUGACUGAUUAUUAUUCAAAAUA